GUAUUUGCUGUCGUCGUCGGCAACAAAUUCCAACCGCAUCUUUUUUUCAAUUAAAAUUGUUAGAAAUAAUUGUUUUAUAUUUGUGUUUUUUUUUUUCUCUUAUUUUAAUUAUCAAAAAGCAGGUCACACUAAACCCUCAAAUAAGAUAAGCUCUCAAAAAUGUCCGCUAUGGAUAGUAAUAGUAAUCAAAGUCAUUACGAUGAGUAUAGUGCUCCUGCGGACAGAACAUCCUCCACGGCAACAUUCUCCGAUGACACACAAUCAUUGGCUAGUGUCCAAAUGGCAACGGGUUUGCUUCAAAUCUAUGAACCACCGCUAAUAAAGGUUCGAAAUCAUUUAAAGGAAUUGAUUGGCAAGCAGAACAAAAUCUACAUUGAUCUCUCUACAGAAAAGUACAGAUACGACAAUGUAGAGAUAGCUGGGCUACAAGAAAUGAUGGACACAAUGAAAAUAUACAGAGAAAAACUUAUUAAAAUGAAGAAGCAAAUGCAGUCAAUCUAUCAAAGAACUAAAGUACUUAAGAAAAGGGCUGUAAACAUUCAAACAUGCAAACAAAAGGAACUUGCCCGUAAAAUACAAAAACAACAACAAGAAGAAGCUCUAAUUGCUAAACGAAAUCAAAGUUCUACUUCAACACCAACAUCAACUACAUCAUCAUCAUCGAAAACAUUCGAUAGUGGCAGAUAAUAUAAAAGUAAAAGCAUAUCAUAAGUCUUCGUUGUAUACUUUUUUUCUUUAUUAUUAUUUAAAUUUUUUGUUUUCUUAUUAAUUUUGUAUUAAUGGAAAAUACAUAAAACAUCUACACACAGAAUCUUGUACAAAUGGAAAAUUUCUUGUAAAUACUUAGAAGAAGAAAAAUGGAAACAAAAUAUAUAUAAUAAUCUUUGUUACUUUGGUAUUUUACUAAAACUAAAAAUACUUUUUUUAAAUAAUAAUUAUUUUAUAACAUUUACUAAAUAAAUAGUAUAGGUUCAAGUUAAAGAUCAAAAGCCAUGCUUAAAUAACUAAACUCAACAAAAAGGUUAUUUUUACUGCAAUGCAGUUCUGUCUUAUACUGUUUUUUUGUUUUUAAAUCUUAAACAUUAAAAAAGUAAAGCUAAGCUUAAACCAUGCAUUUUGCUAUAUUGUUGUUUUGUUUAUAACUAAUUCAUUAAUUCCACCCAUGUUUUGUUUUAUUUUGUUU